UGUCGCGGAGCCGCCGUGGCCGGGCCCUAAGUACUGACGCGGCGAAGGCAUCCAUACAUCUGCUCUGAAUCAUCCCCAGCAAUGCCCCUGGCCCUGCUGCCCAGCCAGCCCGGCUGCCCGCGGCUCCCCGGGCCAGGGAUGGGGCUGGGGACAGCCCGGGUCAUGGGGACACGGGGCAACAGAGCCCGAGGUGAGAGAGGUGAUGGGGACACUGAAGGACAGUGCUCAGGGCUGAGAGGUGAUGGGGACACUGAGGGACAAUGCUCAGGGCUGAGAGGUGAUGGGGACACUGAAGGACAGUGCUCAGGGCUGAGACAGGUGAUGGGGACACUGAGGGACAGUGCUCAGGGCUGAGAGGUGAUGGGGACACUGAGGGACAAUGCUCAGGGCUGAGAGGUGAUGGGGACACUGAAGGACAGUGCUCAGGGCUGAGAGGUUGUGGGGACACUGAGGGACAGUGCUCAGGGCUGAGAGGUGAUGGGGACACUGAGGGACAGUGCUCAGGGCUGACACAGGUUGAUGGGGACAAGGAUGUGGUGUUCAGGGCUGUCAGGAGUGAUGGGGACCCAAAGGACAGCAGUUGGGACAGUGCCAAGGUGACAGGGACAUGGGGGAACAGAGCUCGAGGUGAGACAGGUGAUGGGGACACUGAGGGACAAUGCUGACACAGGUCAUGGGGACACAAAGGGUCAGCAGUUGGGGUGAUGCCGAGGUGACAGGGACAUGGGGACGCUGUACUUGGGGCCAAGCCGGGCUGAUGGGAGCGCAAAGGGAAAGUGCUGAGGGCUAAGAGGAGGUGACAAGGACACAGGACCAAGCUGUGGUGAUGCAGUCGUGCUCAGGGCUGAGCUGGAGUCAUGGGGACACGGUGCUCGGGGCCAAGCCAGGGUCACAGGGAGACAAGGGACAGCGCUCAGGGCUGUGACAGGGACACAGCGCUCAAGAGCAAGCUGGGGUGACAGGGAAAUGGGGACACGGAGGCGGGGCGAUGAGGGGACACGCUCAGGCCAGAGCCGUGUUGGUGGCCGGCAGCCGAGCCCAGGCUGGGGGCACACGGAGCCAGCGGGCAGCGGGUGGCACCGGCUGCCCUGCAGAUGGCCCGGGGCUGGCAGGGGGCUGGCAGGCGCUGCUGGGCACGGCGGGUUCUGUGCCAGGAAGAGGUGGGAUCGUGCGGUUUCCUCUCCCGGGAGGCCAGCCCGGCCCCCAGCCGCUGACACCCGCGGUGGCCGCGGGCACCGAGGCGCGGUGGGUCCCGCAGGAGGGAGCCCCGCAGGAGGAAGCUCCCAGCGAGCCGCCGCAUUUCGCAUUUCACUUCCACGCCGGGUCGCCCACGCAGGGCCCGGGGCGAGGAGGAGGAGGAGCGGAGGAGGAGCCGUGGGCAGCAGCCGCCUUCUGCCUCGCACCCCAGGAGCCAUUUGGCCCCGGUGUCCGGCUCUCGGCGGCAGCAGCCCCGGCUCAGGUAGGGAUGGCGCGGUGGCAGCGGGCAGGGGGUGUGCGGGCACAGGGGCCGGGUGACUCGUCCCUGUCCCUUGUCCCCUGUCCCCAGCAGCGCUGCAGGCGCGGGGUUUCGCUCGAUGCUUCACUUCUGCUUCUGCUCGCCGUGGGUCCCCAGCCACCCCAGCCCGGUCCCGUGGCUCCCAGGGCCAGACGGACGGGCUGGCUCCGAGUCUGGCUGCACAUGGGGACUGUCACCUCUGUCCCCUGAGGUCGUGUGUGGCACUGGGAGAGGCGCUGGUGUUUCUGGGUCGGAUCAGCCGGGCAGGCAGAGCUGUGGUGUGCCAGGGUGGUGGGUGCAUGCCCAAAAACCUCCAUCCCUGUGCCAGGGGGAUCAGCUCCCCUGUGCUGGACCCAGAGCUGGCUCUCCCCAUCCCGUGCCCGGGAUGGGUCUGGAGCAGUGGUGAGCAGCCGGACGGGAGCUCCUGUCCCAGCUCAUCCUCUCCCAGCACCCUCCACCCUAGAAGCUUUAUUACAGGCUUCCCGGGGAACUGGCCAAUUAACCCUGCAUCGGUAAUUAAAAUCCAUGGAGGACAGACCACGGACCCGGGAUUACUUGUCCCUGUCUGGAAAAUAAGAGCAUCCGUGAUGAGUCCUGGAACAGGUCUGGCGGCAGGAGCCAUUUGCCCCGGGGCUCCCUGGGGAUGCCGAGAGCUCCCACGUGGCUGCCGGGCUGCUGCCCAUUGCCAGCGGGGCUUUGGGCACCGAGGGCAGGGCCACGGGGGGCUCUGGACCCUGGGGGUGGCAGCGGGGGGUGCAGCUCCCAGUGUCACCCCAGAUGUGCCCUCUGGCUGUGGCUGUGUCCUGGCAGGGCACAGGGCAGUGGCUGAGCCCCUCUGUGGGGGCUGCACCCCAGGGACCACCCCGGGGAGCUGGGGGGGACAAGCACCAAAUCCCACCUGCUCCC